GUACCGACCGACCAUCGUGACAACUGGGGUCACGAUGACGCACCGCUGCUGCGUCCCUUCGGUAUUGCUCGUAUCGGUGCUGACGUGUUGCCUGGCCUUGGCUUCGGCGAGGGUGCAUGGAGUUCACGCAGGCACUGACCACUCCUGGAGACCGCGCGUGGUCGUUCCAACGCAAGGCGAAGUGUGGCCACAGCCCCUGAACCAAACGAAAAGCUGGAAUACUUUAUCUCUAGAUGCAAGCACAUUCUCGUUCCAGUACGAGGGUCCCUGCUUCGUGGUGCAGCAGGCAUUGAAGCGCUACCGGCGCGAAAUAUUAUUCCAAAACUGCACGAAACCUGGGAGCACAAGAGGAGCGGGACGUAGAAAUUCAAGAACACUGAACCUUUACUCCGACGGUCAUCUCGAUAUUUUGAAAGUAACGGUGUCUCAUAAGUGUGAAGACAUCCCGGAUCAUCAAAUGGACGAAAGCUAUGCCAUUUCGAUGUCCUCAACCGAAGAGUCUUUCAUCUCAGCUCGUACUGUUUGGGGAGCGCUGAGGGGAUUGGAAACCUUCAGUCAACUUGUCUACUCGCGAGACGGAGUGUCGUGGGUCGUGAACGAGACAGUGAUCUACGAUGAGCCUAGAUUCCCGCACAGAGGUCUGCUUAUCGACUCGUCCCGCCACUUCCUGCCGCUGGAGUCCAUAAUGGACACAUUGGACGCAAUGUCGUACAACAAAAUGAAUGUUCUCCACUGGCACAUCGUGGACGACGAGUCCUUUCCCUACGUGAGCAAGACUUUCCCAAGCAUGAGCGAAAAGGGCGCCUAUGACCCGGAAAUCCGCGUGUACCGGCCAUCAGACGUGCAGCACGUCAUCAGUGAAGCUGCUGCAAGGGGUAUUCGUGUCAUGGCGGAAUUCGACACACCUGGACACACCCGGUCGUGGGGCGAGGCUUUUCCUGAGAUCCUGACGAGCUGCUACAGGGAGAUGGAACCCAGCGGUGAACUUGGACCGAUAGACCCCACCACGAAUGCGACGUACGCUUUCCUUAAGGAACUGUUCGCUGAGGUGGCAGAUGUGUUUCCCGAACAGUACAUUCACCUGGGUGGAGACGAAGUCGACUUUCGCUGCUGGAAAUCUAACCCUAACAUCACAGAUUUCAUGGAGAAGAUCGGUAUUCCCGGUGACUACAGCAAGCUAGAAGAUUUUUACAUACAAAGGUUGCUGAAAAUCGUGCAAGGGGUACGGAAGAGCUACAUGGUCUGGCAGGAAGUAUUCGACAACAAGGUUGAGAUUGCGCCGGACACAGUGGUACAUGUGUGGAAGGAAAAUCAGGAAGCGGAAUUGAGUUCCGUUACGAAAGCCGGGUACAAUGCCCUUUUGUCCAGCUGCUGGUACUUGGACUACAUCAGCUACAGCCAGGACUGGAAGAGGUACUACGGCUGCGAUCCGCAUAACUUCACAGGGACGCCCGAGCAGAAGUCUCUCGUCCAAGGUGGAGAGGCCUGCAUUUGGGGAGAGUACGUGGAUGCAACGAAUCUGAUUAGCCGCACGUGGCCUAGGGCAUCUGCAGUGGCUGAGAGGUUGUGGAGUCCCGCCCGGGUGAAAUACACAAAGAAAACACCAUCCCGGUUCGAAGAACAGCGCUGCAGGAUGCUGAGACGUGGCCUCAGAGUUGAACCAGAGAACGGGCCCGGAGUCUGCGAAUGCGACUACAUCGUCUGAAGAGGACAUGCGCCGUGAAGCAAUCCGUUCGUUACAACGAAGGAGCUACGGGCAGGCGUGGCUGGCUUUUCCAGAUGGAAUGUUGCGGAAAAGAAUGUGUAACAGUGCCUUUCCUGUCGAAAUGUCGAGUCUGAGCAUGCCAGCUCCCUCAAGGGAAACCUACGCGCUCAACGAAGAACUUGCUCAGGGCGAUGUUCUAGACAGAAAUUUAGCAUGACUGAUAUUUACCACGAUGAAACGCGCAAUUAAGUAGCAUCUCAUCAAUAAAUUUUUAUUUGUCGA